AGCACUGAAUUUUAGCUAAUCAUCAAACGAUCAGGUGUUAAUAAAAAUUCCCUUUGUGGUGUAACCCGCUUGUAGGAGCUGAGUUUUGUCAAGACGGUAUGAAGUAAUCAUACUUUACUCUUUUCAUAUAAAGGCUACUGAUGGUUGCUUGACUAUAUAUCGCAUCUGACCACUUGUACUAAUUGGAUUGAGGCUUUAGAUAUAUCUAACGUCAUAUACAUUUCCAACAUGGUCGAGCCUAUAACUAAGAUAUCUACCACGAGGAUUAAGCCUGACGAGCUUUUGGAGGUUGUCGAAGAGAAGGUAGAAUUCAAGUGCGACAUUACUUGGGAGACUCCUUCCAUAGGAACGCGGGUACUUCCUCCCAAAGAUACAGUCGCAAUAGUAGUCAACCUCGUCGAUAGCCCAGGUGCGAUUCGAAUAUUCAGGGAUGAAAAGUAUAUUGAUGGUGUGUUUAUAGACGACAGUGCAGGCAGCCAAGAGAGCUUAUAUACAAUCGUAUUGUGGAAAAACGGGUGGUGGUUUAGAGCAUCUGGAUUGCCUAAAGUCGGUUACGUCGAGACGAAGAAAUGAACUCGUUUGCGUUGCGGUGUGAAAUAAUUUGUCAAGUCAUUCGAUAUUUUUAUAGUUACAAAAGGGGGUGUGUGCCGGUUGUAAGGAUCAGUCAAACAAAUUUGAUCCACUAUCUGAUGUGAAACAGCAAUCACCAGAAGGUCGAAAAUGGUGAGCUCAUAGACAUCACCUGUUAAAGCAGCUGCAAAUGUAGUAAGCAACACGUGAAUCUUAAACACGAUUAGGAUGAGUACCUUGUUCCAUAGCAGAUGGACUUUGUGAGGAGUCUAUGGCAGUGCUUUGUAUUCCAAAUUCCCUCGGUAAGCUUUGUAAGCCUAAAAUGCAACAAAAAUUAUUGCUUUAUCCACUGUAAACAUGUAUAAUGGAUGGGAAUACCAGUAAAUAUUGCUGGGAGGCCAUCUCCAUUCGAUAGUGAGUUGAUGAUAGGUAGCGAAAAUCCAGUUGGAAUGCCAGUGGAAACAUCUGAAGAUUGCACAGAUGGAAGUUCCUGUCUGGGCCUCUUCCUUUGGCUUUCCAUAUAUUGACCUUCCCCAUGACUUUGCAUUGCGUUCGGGGCUUGCGCCAAUACCUCAACAUGAUCAUCGGGGUUAAUUAAGCGAUCUGUCGUAUUUCGAGAAAAUAGUUUACAAGCAUCU